UAAUCAAUACCGUACAACUUGCAGGGCGGUCGUUCGUGUGUGUCAAUGCGAAUGCGCGUCCGGAGAAAGUCGGCAGUUUUUUCGAUGUCCCCGAUGAGAUAAUAAAUAUUGUGUAUGUGUUAUUAUAAUAAUAUAAUAAUCCCUCUAAGACACAGAAACCGACAGCGACCGCUGUGUAAUACAUACGCAUGUAUAUUGUACGCAGAAACAAUGGCUGAUUCCGAGUUUGAAGAAUUCAGGCAAAUAUUCGAAUCGCUACCUCAACACCUGAGGGCGUCCGCGCAGACCUAUACUUUAGUUCACGAUGUAUUAUCAGAUGAAGAGUCAUCGACUGAAGCUACAAUCAACAAAAAUAUUAACACCAAUAAUGCUUUCAAUGUCUUUUCCAUUUCAGACGACGAUCAAAAUGAGCCAAAGAACAAUCAUAUUGUGCGCUUGAGGCAUGAAAAAAGAAGGAGAAAAUUACCCGAAUUACCAAAAAAUAAAACUGGUUCGGCGUUAAGUUUGGCUGACGAAUUAGGAGAAGUAUUUUCGCCGGACAGAAGGAAAUCGUUUGUAUCAGGACUGCGAGAUUCUGAAUGUCGGUCUCCAGACUCGGGUAUAUCAUUAGUUCAUUCACCCGAGAGAGCCAAAUCUAGUUCACCACAACAAAUCGACACUCCGACUCCAGCGUCUUCGUGUUCAUCGGGUCUUCCAUUAUCUCAAUUAGAGUUAUUAGAGGCUACGCACAGAGGACUGUACAAGUUCGUUCCUAGGCACCGGGACGAGAUGGAAGUGGAUAUCGGUGAUCCGAUUUACGUGCAAAAGGAAGCCGAAGACUGUUGGUGCGAAGGAGUUAACCUUCGCACUGGAGCUCAAGGCGCGUUUCCGUCUGCGUACGCGGUAGACGUUGAGUACACGGAUUUCGAUUCUGCGACGCCCAAGGUAAAACGAGAACGAUUUCUUUUGGGAUACAUGGGUUCGGUGGAGACAAUGUGGCACAAAGGCAAUUCUGUGCUGUGUCAAGCCAUACGUAAGAUUACUGAACGACCCAAUUGCAAACCACAAUCGUGCAUACUUGAGGUGUCAGACCAAGGACUUCGAAUGGUCGAUCGUGCCAAAUCUUCAACGAUGCAGACUAGAGAUUCGAGUACACCGUGUCAAGAUUAUUUUUACUCUUUAAAGAACGUAUCGUUUUGUGCGUUCUACCCAGAUGACAAUCGAUAUAUGGGGUUCGUUACCAAACAUCCGACAUGUCAGAGGUUUGCUUGUCACGUGUUUAAAGCAAACGAAUCAUCGAGACCAGUGGCGGAAGCGAUCGGACGUGCUUUCCAAAGAUUCUAUCAGAAAUACAUAGAGACAGCGUAUCCAGUGGAAGACAUAUACAUCGAGUGAACGGAAGAAAAGUCUAUGAAAAGUCGUCAUGUAACAUAUUAUUAUGAUAUGUGCGAGGACUUUGUGAUAUGAUUGUGGACAGACAGUACCGUUUGAAAAUUAUGAACGAUAAAAAGGAAUCCUCGUUAGAGAUAUUGUGGUGUAACAGCGUUCUAAUGAAACAAAUUCAACAUGUGAUAACAUACCAAAUAUCUAAUGUAUUUCAUUUAACUAGAUCAGUAUUAUCUAUUUUGCUCUUUUUAAAUGUUCCCAAAUAUGACUACACUUAAUAAUAUAAUAUAGUCCCCACGACAAGUUCUAAACAAUCUCAUUAGGAAUAAGGAUAAUAUAUUAUAUUGUAUCUAAAUGUUUAUUAUGUUUUUAUGAAUUCAUUUGUUAAUAUUAAAUGUCUAAAUGGAAUAAUACCUAGCUUUAAAUACAAACCAAAAUAUAAUUUUGUUUAAA